AUGUCAAAUGUUCGAGAAAAAUUGGAUGGUAGCUUUUCAGAGACUUUACCUCCAAUCAAUCCUCCUGCUUCUUCAACUCAAAAUAAAAGUGUGAUUAGAGAAAGACAAAAAGAAAACACGGUGUCUAACAUUGACAAAGUUCUUGAGCAUUUAAAUAAAAAACAAAAAGUCACCACUAAAAUGAAUCAAAUUGAUGAAAAUGAAAAUUACCAUGGCUCCCGCUCAACUAACCAGCACAUUAUCCAUCAUGAGGACCGCGAUUACCCUGCUACAACUGACCAGCACGUGGUUUACCCAACUCAAACUCAAAACACUGAUGCUAUUAAUUUAUCAGUUGAAAAUUGUGCACAAACUUACACAAAUCUUGGUCGUUAUUCUUGGUAA